GAAGAAGUUAGUGACGUCGACUGUCGUAAACACCGUAAAGAUGUCUGAAUGAGCAGCUUAUGGCUUAGCCUGAACGCUAAUAAUUUGCUUUUCUUUUUAGUUUAUAUUUACUUUUGUUUCCUUUAGCAGCGCGAACACUGUAUUACAUGGGGACCAAGAGUUUACCAUGAAACUCCGGGCGCAGAAUGACAGCUUAUGUCCUCAGAUUGCUGCACAGUCUUGCAGUCAUAAUAAGACUGAUUCCAGAAGAGCGCUGAAACUGAGGGAGUCGCCUACUGUAAUGCAGCCUAAAUCAAGUGAGCAGGACGACCAUGCAGUCAAUGGUUUAUCCCUAACUCUGCAACCAGUGCUUCUCACCAGGACACCAGCCUCUGGUGCAGCAGCUGCUAACCCUGAGAGUAAUGAGGUGCGAGUGCCCAUGACAAGUGGGCCUGGGGAGUCCAGUGGAGGUGCAUCAUCCAGGAGGUCCAGAGUCGGUUCCCACAGCCACUCACAUUCACAUGGACACAAUCAGAAUCCACAUCACUCCAGUUCAGAGCCUGAGCUCGACCUGCCUGACUCUGAUCUGGACUCAGGAGAACCCAGCACCUCCUUAUCGGAGCUUCGCUGUCUGUUCCGCUGGCUCCAAAAGAGUCUUCCUUUCCUAAUCAUACUGGGUGCUAAACUGGUCACCCAACAUACUCUUGGUCUAGCAGUUGGGGUUGGCCUCUUCAUGACUUUUUUAUAUGUGAAUAAAAACAUUCAAAAACAGGUUUUUCUUCAGGAUCGUCACUCAAAACUGGAGUGUGUGUGGCUGCUUCUCUUCCUGAUUUCUUCCACCGUUCUGCUUUACUACACUUUUCUUACUGAGACACUUUACCAUUGCCUCAUCUUCCUCAGCCCAACCAUUGAGCAGCUGGGUUUCUGGGAGGUUCUAUGGGCAGUUGGCAUCACCAACUUCAUAAUAAAGUUCCUCUUUAUGGGGAUCAAGUGCCUUAUUCUGCUGCUGCCAUCUUCAUGGGUGACCUACAGAACCCAGGGAAGGUGGCUGAUGCUGACUGAGGAGCUGUGUCAGGUGCACCAGGCCAUGGCUCCAGUUUCAUUGUGGUUUCAAUACCUAGUCAUCCACCAGGAGGCUGAUGGCACCCUUGGACUCACACUUGGGGUCCUGCUGGCUUUGCUCUACCUCAUACUGAAGCUUUUAGCAUUGUAUGGACAGUGGACAUCUUUACUGAAAACUGUGAGGCAAUGUCUAAAGGGAGAGCUCACAGGCACAGCGGCCACUAGGAGUCAGUGCAGCAUGGCCGGAGAUGUCUGCCCCAUCUGUCGGGGAGAGUACAGAGAGCCUCGGGCUCUUCUCUGUCAGCACAUUUUCUGUGACAAAUGCAUCGCUCUGUGGUUUAACCGCGAGAAGAGCUGCCCGCUGUGCCGCACUGUGAUCACAGAAAAAGUCUACCAAUGGAGGGACGGAGCCACAUCUCCACACUUGCAGAUUUAUUAAUCGAUAAGUCAUUUAUUGGGAGCGUUGGAGUUGAGGGACAUUGGUAUUACUUUAUACUGAAUAUGUGAUUUUCUAUGGCUGUCAAACCCCACUGACAAAUAAUGUUGUACACACUGUUUCAUUUAUCAGCUAAGGGCUGUAGCCACUGUGGGCUGAGAUCAGUAAAGGCACACAAUGUUCACCUACAGAAGGCAUGUUUCUGGAUCAUUAACCAGUAACAUCCCUACUGAAAGAUGAUUUUCAUGCCCAUUAAUUGAUUUUUAAUUUUUUGGCAUUUGGCAUUUUUUUUGUCUUUUCCCAUUUUAAGUUGUUUUCCCUUGUUCCUUUUAUUUACCUUAAAUGUUAAUAUAAACUUUCUCUGUCGGGCAGCAAAUGGUUCUACUUCGGUUUUCUUCUACUUGUAAAUAUGGGAAGAUAAAAGAAAUAUUUUCACAAAGUAUUUUAAACAGGUUUUUCCUCUGUUCAGUUGAACAAGCAAACAAAGGAAAUGCAUCAAUCCUGUCUUAUACCCAGUGUUUCCUCCAUCUGUGGACACGACGUACCUGAUUUGUAACAAUAUUUGUUGAGCAGCUGCAAACUUCUGCUCAGGUAAAAGAAUGUGACAUUUGGGGGCUGACGUCUACCAAACAAGAAACUUUUCCCAGUAAUGUUUCAUGGUCCAGUUAUGGGCAGAAUAAAAACAAACAAACUAUUUCUAUUAAAUGCUACUAAGCUUGUGAGAUUAAUUAACACUGAAAAUUAUUUUUCUACGGAGGUGUCGGAGUCUCGUUUUUGUAAAAACCAAAGACUGGGAAAAACAUCUAUUUUAUUGUGUCCCAAAAUAAUUUCACUGUGUUAUUUUGUACUCAUUAAGAUCCAUGAACUGAACCUGAAUAAAGAUCCACAUUUGAAUGUC